ACCGUCUUAACUCCUCUCAAAACUCGCACAGAAGAAACCCUAAAGAAACUUCAACUUCAUGGGGACGCCGGAGACGUCUAGGGAGCCGUGCCCGGAUCGCAUCCUCGACGACGUAGGCGGCGCUUUCGCCAUGGGAGCCGUAGGUGGCUCGGCCUUCCACUUCCUCAAGGGCAUCUACAACUCUCCCACCGGGGCGCGAUUCGUCGGUGGCUCCCAGGCCGUGCGUCUCAACGCACCCCGCGUUGGAGGCAGCUUCGCCGUUUGGGGCGGCCUCUUCUCCGCCUUCGAUUGCACCAUGGUCUACGUCCGCCAGAAGGAGGACCCCUGGAACUCCAUAGUGGCCGGCGCAGCCACCGGUGGCUUCCUCUCCAUGCGCCAGGGGCUCGCCGCCUCAGCUCGGUCGGCUGCUUUCGGUGGUGUCCUCUUGGCUCUCAUCGAAGGAGCUGGGAUCAUGCUGAACCGGAUGUUCAGUGCACAACAACAGAUGCCCAUGAUCAUCGAAGAGGCCCCACCUAACAUGCCCGCUCUUCCUGGAUUCAUGGGCCAGUCACCGAGCCUUCCCCAGGUCCAGCCCCCGUUAGAGACGUCGUCGGCAAGUGUAUCUUCUUCGGAUUCGAGUUCAGGUUGGCUCGGAGGUUGGUUCGGCGGAGAAAAGAAGAAAGAUUCGGCAGCAACGAGUAGCGGAAGCGAGACGAAGAUCUUGGAGAGUUUCGAUGCACCACCGGUGCCCAAUUUUGAGUACAAGUGAAAACAUUAAAAAAAAAAAGAAAAGGAUUUUUGAGAAUCGAAAGCUGUUCAAAUUUUUUUUAUUUUAUUUGUUGUAACGAUGAUUUCAGAACAAGAGAAUUUGGGGGUUUGUGUUAGGUAUUGUGUCGGACCCGAGUUUUGUGAUACAAUUGUUCUUCUUUUAUGGUAAGAUAGUGGCACUGUAAAAUAAUGCUUCUUCCAAAUGGUACUUAUCCAAAUUAUUUAUUUAUUGAUUUUGGAUUUUGAUUGGGAGCUAAA